GAAAUCAGCCAACCAAACAGGAUCGACCUCUCGUCUUUCUCUAGCAGCCCCACAGACACUAAAGCCAGAGGAGAGGGGAUGUCACAGCUGAAAGGGUGCCUGUCCUCUUCGGUCUGCAUGAGAAACAAGCUGCGCGUAAUCAUCCUUCACACCUACGCAACGGGUGUUUUCUCAUUUUACGCGCCUUCCGGAGACAAAUUCUGGCCUUGUUGAUUAUACUUUUUUAAUUUGUUAUCUCUUUGUUGGUGGUGAUCAUGCUUCCCAGUCCGCUCAUCACUUCCUCCAGCACGCCUUUUUCUGUGAAGGAUAUUCUGAAGCUGGAGUUGCAGCAACAAUCCCAGCAGCAGCAGCUCCAGUUGUUCUCCUGCUUCGGUCUCUCCGGCGCGCUGUCACAGCCGGGAGGAGCCUUCCCCAACAAACCGUUCCGCACCCACUCACCGCCCUCCUGCAUGUUGGCCGACAGGGACAGUCCCAGUCCUCUCAGCUCCGGUCUGUCCGAGAGCGAGGAGAGGAUGUCGUACCUCAACACGCUGACGGUGCAGGAGCGGCUGGCGGAGUCCGGCCUGCCCGUGGAAAUGUUCGGAAACCCGGCGCAGAGCUCUGCAGAGCUACGACUGGAGACCGAGCACGAGGAACAAGACAGCAAGAGUUGUGGAGCUCUGCGGGCUGAAUGUGACGACCCAGACCCGGACAAGCCUGUCACCAAGCAGCAGAGGACCCGAAGGAAACCCCGCGUGCUCUUCUCGCAGGCUCAGGUUUUCGAGCUCGAGCGUCGCUUCAAGCAGCAGCGUUACCUGUCCGCCCCGGAGAGAGAACACCUGGCCAGCUCCCUGAAACUCACUUCCACACAGGUCAAGAUCUGGUUCCAGAACAGGAGAUACAAAUGCAAGAGACAGCGGCAGGACAAGACUCUGGAGAUGGCAGGACACCACCAUCACCACCACCACCCACCGCCGCCGAGGAGGGUGGCUGUGCCAGUGCUGGUCCGGGACGGGAGGCCGUGCCUGACCGGAUCCCAGAACUAUAACACUCCUUACACAGUGGGGGCUCCGACCCCGUAUAGCUACAACGGCUACCCUGCCUACAGCUACAACAACUCGGUGUACACCAACACUUACUCCUGUACUUAUUCUAGUUUACCUGCUCUGCCGCCCAGCAACACCACUGCUAACGCUUUUAUGAACAUGAAUUUGGGAAACCUGGGUGCGCAGACGCAAAGUCAAGCACCCCAAGGUGCAAUGGUCUCACCCUGCCAAGGAGCUCUGCAAGGCAUCCGGGCAUGGUAGUGGGGAUUUUACGCACAAACACAGCUGGGAGUGACUUCCCUGAAAGGACUGAAGCAUGUUAACCUGAUAAACUAAUGCAGUGAAAGCACAAUUUGAAAGUUAUACACGUUACAGAAAGACCAGGCCAGUGGACUGAAAGUGAUGGCAGGUCUGUGAGAAAACUCUAGCCCGUUUACUGAGAUAUAAAACCUACAGUUUGUGCAUUUUUCUUCUGAGCCGGUGUUUAAAAUAUGUACUAGCCCUUCUGUUGGAUAUUUGAUUGUUGCUGAUAAACUAAAUAUUUGCAAAAUGUGACCCUUUUGUGAUUCCAAAUAAGUAUUAUGUGCAAAAAAUAAAAGAAAACUGUACUGUCA